AUGUAUGUAAGCUAUAUAAAGAAUGAUGGUACACAAGUUAAAGUUCCAUUAGACAACAACUGCUACUUAAACUUAUAUGGAGACGAACAAACGAAAUAUUUAAGAGUUUAUGAAAUGGCAGAUAUGACAUUGCCUGACCCAGCUCCAAUACCAUAUUAUUAUGACUAUGGAUAUGACGGCGGAGCACUACAUGCAAAUGAACAAAAGUUAACAUUAUAUUUAGAUUAUUGUAGAUAUAAAAGAUAUAAUGCAAUAGAAAAAACGAGAAUAGUAUAUUAUUAUAUAGAUGACAAAAAUAAAUAUUAUAGUCAAGACUUUACCUACCCUGAAAACAUGAGAUUAUAUUAUAAAAAAUAUUCUGACACAAACCAGAAGAAACCUGAAAUAGUUGCACUAUAUUUUAAGUUCAAAAGAGACAAUCCUAUAUUAUCUCAUAUGUUUGAUUUAAUGAACCCAGUAGGUUCUAUUUAUACAUCUAUGGAUGCAAGAGGUCCUCAAGUAAUGUUUGGUGUUGGUGCAUGGGAACAAAUAGUCGACAGGUUUUUGUAUUGUGCAAACUCUUCAAAGGAAACAGGUGGAAGUAA